AUGGAAGGAGAUGAUGAAGAAAAAACUAGAAGCAUUAUUGAUGCAAAGCGUAAAUUGAAUUCAGACAAGUCUGUUGCAAAGCAUACAUUAAAAUCAGAAAAGCAUGAUGCAAAGCAUACAUUGAAAUCAGACAAGUAUCUUAUAUUUCAUAAAAAAGAUAAUAACAACACACAGUUGAACAAGAAAAACAAGGAUAAUGAGUCAACAUUCCAUUGCUGUUCCAGAAGAAAUAAAGUGAAACCAAAGUCUGAAAAGAAAGAGAAGAACGAGAAUGAAUUUUUGCAAGUUUGUGAUAGCACAUCUAAUCAAAAGGCUGAUGAUAAGGAUACUGAAAAACCAAUCAAGUUGAUUGUAAAACUUGUUGGGUCGGUUCUAGAAGAGUCUGAUGAAGGCUACAGUAUUGAAUCUGAACACAACCUUAGGAAUUUUCUUUUCAUGCUUAUUAAUUUAUUAAAAAAGGAAGAAUGUUGUCUUGUUUUGCCUAAAGGAAAUAACAACACUUUGUAUGAAUUAGUUGAAACAAUUAUACAUACUAAAAGCAAAGAAUAUGAAAAUAUUAAGUUUUCAUCAGAGGACGACAUUGUGAAAUUAAUAAGUGACUUCAGAACUAUUGAAUGUCUCCUUGUUCACAACGGAACUCGUAUGGAUGGUAAAGAACUGGAAGAGUAUACCGAUAAGAAUAACAACAUAAUAAUUUUGAAGGAAUCUGAAAAUUCAACCAGCUUUGAAGAAGCCUUAAAUGAUAAUGACGUAUUGAAAGGGAAAGGCAAGACUGGGAAGAGUUACGUCACAAUCGACAUAAAAAAAACAUCGACCGAAACUUCCAUUGCACAGAACAUAUUAGAUUCCUAUUUGUGUAAAGGUAUUUUAGCAUCUACGGAUUUUCUUAUACUGUGCAUUCGGCUGAAUCAGUUAGAUCUUGCAGUUCAACAUGGUGGACUGUGGAAGCUCGACUCACCGAAGUCUCAGGCUAAGGAUGACAAGAAGAACACCAGAAAACAGAUUGUAUUGCUUUCAAAAAAUCUUGAGCGCUAUGAGUUUAUCAAAUAUCUUAUACAACAAGGAAUCAAACUAAAAGAAUAUUUAAAAAUAGAGGAUAUCCUUGACGAUGCAAAGAAAGACAUAACCCAUCUAAAAGAUAAAUAUUUAUUUCAAACAAAAGAACUUGAUACAGAAGAACAGGAAAAACAAAAAAGCGAUAAUAAUGUAGAUGAAACUGAUCAAAGCUCAAACACAAGAGAUGAUUCUGAAGAAUGUAAGCUUUUUAUCUGUGCAGUUCUAACUGAAAAUUUUAAGUUGGCUUUAACAUUAUGGAGAACAUUAUCGAGACCAACUAUAGCAGCACUGUAUGCCAUAGAAAUAAUUAAUGAUCUCAAGUUAUUAUAUAAAAAUGAUCUCACUAACCACGUUUCUAAACUGGAUAAAGAAAUAAGAUUUAUACAUUUUUUUAAUUAA